GUCCGCGCGGCGGCCGUGGAGGCCCUGCUGCAGCUGACAGACAGGGGGGACCGGCACGCCGUCGAGGAGGUGAGCCGCCGCCUACCGCACGAGGACGGCGGAGUGCGGGCGGCGGCGGCUGCGGCCCUGGGGGAGGUGGCCCAGCGCGGCGACCGGUCCGCGAUCACGGCCCUGGCGGAGCGCAUGGAGGACUCGGCCGUGGCCGCGCGCACCGCCGCGGCCGGAGCGCUCUGCGCGAUCGGCUCCGGCGACCCGCACGCCAUCGGUGCGCUUGGCCAGCGGCUUGAGCAUCCAGACGGCGCGGUCAGGGGCGCUGUAGUGAGGGCCCUGGUGCAGGUCGCCGGCCGGGGGGACCCGCAGGCGGUCGCGGCCGCCGCCUCGCGCCUGGGGCACCCGGACGCGGGCGUGCGGGGCUCGGCCGUGCGGGCGUUGGGGCAGCUGGCCGCGCGAGGCGAGCCGGGGGCGCUGACCCAGGCCAUGCUCUGCUUGGAGGACGACAGCGGGGACGUCAGGGCCGCCGCCGUGGACGCACUCGGCCACCUGUGCGGGAGGGGCGACCAGCGGGGGCUGGGCGCUCUGCUGGGGCGCCUCGAGGACCUGGAGGAGAUCCGGUGGGCGGCCGUGAAGGUGAUCGGCACGGUCGCCGCCAGGGGAGACUGCCGGGCCCUGGAGGCGGUUUGCGGCUGCACGGCCGACUGGGACGAGGACGUGAGGAUCGUCGCGCUGGAGGCGCUGGUGCCCCUGGCCGAGCCCGGCAGCCGCGCCGCGCUCGCGGCGGCCGAGGCGCGGCUCGAGGACGGCGAGGACGGCGGGCUCCGGCGGCCCGCGCCCAGGUGCUCCAGCAGCUGCGGCGCGACGGGGUCUGCGAGAGCGCGCCCGCGGCCGUCGCGGAGGGGCAGGUGCUCGCGACGAAGGUGGGGACCGCGCUCUACGUGGCGCCGGAGGUGCUGUCGGGCAGGGGCUACGACAAGCAGUGCGACAAUUGGAGCAUUGGCGUCAUCUGCGGGCAGGAUUUAUACACACCUCCACCCUGGCAUCGGAUUCCUGGGCUCGCUGGAAGCCCAAGACGCAGCGGAUACGGGUACAAGCUUGGCAUCCAGCGAGACCUGA